CGGCGGCUACGGAGGCGUCUGUGCCACGGGCUUCUGCGGCUCCGGCUUGUGCUGCCGGAAGGGGUGGACCGGUCAGGUUGGCUGCGGGUCCGCCGGCUGCGACAGCGGCCACUGCUGCACGGACGUGCUUCCGUCGCCGCUGCCGCCGCCGCUGCCGCCGCUGCCUCCAAGCCCGCCGACGCCGCCCGUCUCGCCGCCGCCGCCGCCCUUUGCGCCGUGGGUCGGGAUGCUGCACACGCUGCUCGACUCGUCGUGUACCAGCCAGCCGGCGCUGGACGAGUACGCGCAGGAGCACGGGCAGGCGUUCCUCGACGGCGAUCUGCUCGCGGACAUCGUCAAUGGCUCGCUCGAUCUGCCGCGCACAACGCUCGCCGACGGCAUCCCGAACGGCGUCGUCGACCUCGGGCUCGAGGCGGCCGGCGUGAGCGGGUGGCAGGCGACGCUGUUGCGCGGUGUCCUGCUGCCGGUGGUGCGGCCGUACCUCGGCGACGGGAUCGACAACAUCGCAAUCGAGGGCCUCGAGUGCGGCGACUUCUCGCUGCGCCGCGUCGAGAGCGAGUACUGCCUCCCCUUCCGCAUCGGCGGCUGGGUCCAUGGCCUCGGCGUCGUGUGCCGGGGUACGUACGUCCUGUCGCUGUCGUGGUCGGCCGAGGCCGUGCCGCCCCUCGUGCCGGCGCCGACUAGCGAGCUGCGCGGCGGCUUCCGCCUCGCUCUCGACGCCGACCGCUCCUCCCUCCACCUGCUCAAGCUCGACCUGCAGCGCUCGUCCCCGUUCACCGCCUUCUCGCGGCGCGCCUUCUUCUCCCUAAAAGCACACAGCUCAUUCGCCUUCAACGCGCUCUCCUCUCGGCUCGAGUCUGCGAGGGCCUUCCUGCAAGGCGCCGUCAGCUGCGCGACGGGGCACCAACACUAG